AAGAUCCACGUUGGCAAUCGUAUCGUUCCGCCACGGCCGCUCCGGAACUUUCCCGACCGAACUUUCCCGGGCCUUCCCCUCCCCGAGAUAUCUUCUCCCCCAUCUCUCUCUCUAUAAAACGCGCGGGAUGUGACCGCUUCAGAUCCUGACGACCAUCGGCGUUCGAGAACGGUUUCCUUCCACGUAACGGUUUCUCCGGCUAAUGGGAAAAGAGCAGUGUAGCGGCCGGCCGGGAUCUUGUUACGCCGUGCUGGGCGUCCGCCCGGACGCUUCCGCCGGCGAGAUUCGUAGUGCUUAUCGGAAACUCGCGAUGAAAUGGCAUCCGGAUAAAAGGGGAAGGGAGCCAUGGCUGGCGGAGGAGGCCAACCGGAGAUUCCAGCAGAUCCACGAGGCUUACCAAGUGUUGUCGGAUGAAAAGAGGAGAACAUUGUAUGAUGCAGGACUCUACGAUCCGGUCCAAGACAACGAAGACGAAGUCGAGGGAUUUCAUGAUUUCGUUCAAGAAAUGCUGAUGCUCAUGAGGAACGUGAGGAGAGAGGAGAAGGAACAUAGUUUGGAGGAGCUGCAGCAAAUGUUGGCCGAGAUGGCACGCGAUUUUGCCACCCCGCUAUCAUCGCCUCGUUGGUUCGACUCUCCUUUAAUUUAGAUAGAGAUCGAUGUGCAAGGUUUUUCAGACUUCAGUGUAAAGAUGAAUUCUUUGUACACAUAGGAGAGAGUUUAAGGAGACUUCUUUAAGCGUUGGUCUUAUGUGCUGUUAUUGUACGUUAAGUUGUUUGGAUUGCUUCAAUAUUUGUAUGGUUGCUUGAUUGGUGGCCUGGGGUGUAUUAAUUGCACGACCUCACCACUGAUUGAACUGCGACAAUCUCCGACAAAUUGAUUGCAAGUGUUCGAGGGCUAGGUCUAAGGUGGACUUUGUACACAUGUUGGACUUUUGAGUUUAAGCAUCAGACAUGUUAGCCUAAACUGUACUCUGGAUGAACAAUCCUAUCAUAGUCAACUACAAGCACAUUCCUAAUGGC